AUGUCUGCCUCGGCCGCCAAGCGAGACUACGACGACGUCGACGAGGGCGAAGUCUCGGCCGACGAACCCAUCCCCAAGCGUGCAAAGAGGCUUACCGGUGCCCAGCCGCGUCACCACCAUCAGCACUCGGCCAUCGAUCCCACCUGGGGCCAGAAAUAUGUCUUCUCCAACAAGGACGAUGCCACGUCCAUCCCCUAUGGUGAAGAGUCCGAUUUUGAGGAUGACGCCGAGGCCAUGGCCUACCUGCGCUCCGUCCGACAAGAGGCGCAUGGCAUCUCCCACCUGCUCGUUGCGCCGACCAGACAGAUUGGGCCCCAGCUGCCACCCGAGCUGCAAGAACCCCCCCACGAUGACGACGGCGAAGCGAAGCCUGAAUUAGACGGCCAUCGGAACGUGCACGCGGCUGCUUUGGGCGACGCGAAGGCAUACUACGAAGACGGCGCCUACAUCGCGCGGGACCCCGAGGCACAGGAUGGCAAUCGACAUGGCGAGGCUGACAACGACCAGGACAGUCGAGAAAGAGAACUGCACGAGGCAUUUUUUGCCUCCACUUUGGAUAGGUACCGCUGCCUUCGCCGCCUUCUGCACUCCAAGCCACCCCCUGGCGCCGCCAAACGACUUUCCAUUGCACAGUCCACUUAUGCUGCUUCGUUGGGCCCCAACUCGACCACGGCAAAGAAAUGGUCCACCAUCCUCCGUACCGCCGACCCACACCCGCUUCAACUCGCACUCAUGUCCAAGGACUCGGUCUUGCGCAUCCUGCGCGUCUUGCUGGGCGGGAAAUUUCUCUGCCGCGGAUACACGCUCUCUGAGCGAACUAGCCAGUGGCUGUGGGGCCUGCUCGCGCGGCUGCCGGAUCCCUGGGAGCUCAACCACGCCGAGUUGGCCUUGGUGCGAGACCUUGGUCGCCGGGCCGUGCUACUGGGUAGGUCCCUAACCGAGAUGGCGGCGCUGAAGGCGGAACUCGACGACGGCAUGAUGGGGGUGCCCGAAGGCGUGGAUGCGAGCAGCGAUGACGACGAACCAACGAAUACCGAUAUCAAAAUGGAGGGGCCUUCCAGCCACUGCUCGGAAGUGCACGAGAAUCCACCUCAAGAAAUGGGAGACAUAAGGCAGGACUCCCACAAAGACGACGACGCUGAUGUCGAGGAGGGUGAAGAAGGCGAAAUCGACGAGCACGAGGCCGCGGACGGAAGCGAAUCCGUAGAGAUGGAUCUCUCAUCCGACUCUGGCGAAGGCGGCGAAGUAGUCUCGGGAGGACACGGAGCGGCAACCGACGACACCCCGACGCUCGAGGCGGCCAAAGCGGCUCUCCUGGGUCGGCUCGCAGACGACGCACCUGGGCAGGCCGACAAGGAGGACAAUCUCGAGACGGCCAAGCUCCGUCUGCGGAUAAACAUGCGGGCCACGCUCAACAUGAUUCUUACCGUGGCGGGAGACUUUUACGGCCAGCGCGACUUGCUCGAGUUUCGCGAGCCGUUUGUGGGGUUGUGA